AUGAGCUACACGAGGGUUGCCCCGGUGACGAGGACAACUGGACCCUCCUCAAAGAAGGGGAAAACCCUGUCGUCAGGCAGGCUAAUUGGAGCUCCAAGGACACUCGAUUCUACCUCAAGCGGAAACGCAACGCCAGCCUCGUGCUCCAACAACUUGUCUCCGAACUCAUCCCCGCCGGGAAUGGAGGGGUUAACGCGGCAAAUUACCGACCUUUGUAUCCUUGAAGAACUCUGCGAGGAGACAAUGUUGUCUUGUUUAAAGGCUCGAUUCUCAGCAAAGUCGAUCUACACGUAUGCAGGGACGAUACUGAUUGCGGUCAACCCCUACUAUUUCUACCAGAUUUACAACCCCAAGUACACGGCCUUGUACCAGGGUAGGCUACUGGACGAACUGCCUCCUCACAUCUUUGCCAUCGCCGACAGGUCGUACCACUCAAUGCUGGGUGACCGACAGAACCAGACCGUCAUCAUCAGCGGGUGAGAGUGGCGCGGGGAAGACAGAGUCGACCAAAUUCCUCCUCCACCACCUCAUGAGUCUCUCUGCAAAGAUGGCCGAGACCCAGAGUCUGAACUCAUCACGCUCGGGACGGGACCUGUCCUGGAGGCAUUUGGAAAUGCGAGGACGCUGGCCAACAACAACAGCAGUAGGUUUGGGAAGUUCAUUCAAGUCCAGUUCAAAGAGAACGGCGCAUACUACGGAGCCUCAAUAGUCAAGUAUCUAUUAGAGAAGAGUCGCAUCAUAAGCCAGGCACCGGGAGAGAGGAACUAUCACGUCUUCUACUACCUACUGGCAGGGGCCGACUCCCAGUUGAGACAAUCUCUUCACCUCCUCAAGAUCAACGAAUACCACUACCUCACCCAGGGUUCUGCUCUCGCCCCAGUGGAGGGGGUGGAGGAGUACCACAGACUGAGGCAGUCUCUCACCAUGCUCAACUUCUCACAAGACAUUCAGUUGAGGUCGGCUGCUCCCUACUAUAGCUGGCCUAGUUCCCAGGACCUCUCUAUCUGUA